AUGUUUCACCUCACCAACAACCUGGACACAAAAACGUUCCACAGGAGGUUAAACCUGUACCAAUAUCUACACUACACCUCUAGUCACCCAGAAAAAACCUUCCGGGCAGUCAUUAAAGGGGAGUGCAUAAGGUAUGUGAGAACCAACACAACCUACGAAACCUAUGCUGCCACCCUUGUGAAUUUCCAAAAAAGGCUUCUCAAACGAAACUACCCAAAGAACCUGGUCGAUAAAACAUUCGCCUCAGUUCAGUUCAGCAACAGAUCAAGAUACCUAACUCGUAGACAACUGAAACCCUGCUCCCACCCCCCUCCUCUCUACAAACUACUACCUCCUCCGCAAUUUAAGGCUCUCAAAGAAAUAGUUCUACAAGACUACACUGGCCUAAAAUAUCAACCACCAAGAUUCGUUGCUCUCAGACAUCCAACGCUCUACAAUCAGCUGGUACGAUCAGCUAUCGAGCUGACAGACAACCAACUAAUAGAAGCUGCCUUAUCACUGGAUGACGCGCCACAGCAACCCGUACAGCCAGCUGCCCUCCCACGUCUUCGUCGAUCAAAAAUGGGCAUCACAAAUUGCAGACAACCACGCUGUGUAACAUGCAAAGUGCACCUCAACACCUCCACCUCUUUCAAAUCAGCAUAUCCAGCUAAUAAAACCGUUUACUACAUCCGUCACUCCUUCACCUGUGAAUCCACCAAUAUCGUAUACCUUAUAACCUGCACAAAAUGCAAAAAACAGUACGUCGGCUGUACUACUCAAUCUCUAACAUAUAGAAUCAACCACCACAGAUCCAGCAUAAUUGCCAUCAUACAUCUACAAACAUUUAAUCUGCAGGACCAUGACAUAACAAACCUCAAAGUGCAACCCAUCGACACUACAGAAGACGUUAAUGACUUACACAACCUAGAAAAGUACUGGAUUGCCUCUCUGUCAACACUUGUUCCAUUUGGCCUUAAUGUGUCUUACUAA